AUGGGUUUACCUGUCAUGCCUUUCGAUCUUCAGCAGCAAAGGAAACAGUACCGUGCACCUUUCAAGGUACAAUUUGUGCAGUGGAAUCCAUGUUCGGAUUUGUUAGCACUAGCAUCUCGAAAAGGCGAAGUAAUGGUAAAAAGAAAUAUGUGGAAGCGAUGUUGGAAGCUGAACUUAUCGGAAGUUGCCGCUUUUCCUGAAAAUCAGUGCAGCAAACCGGCAUGUAUUGAGUCGAUGACAUGGUCACCUGAUGGUGCGAUACUCGCUGUGGCGAUGAGUGAUGGUCAUUUACAUCUGAUUGAAGCGGAACAGGGCGUAGUCAGAUGGUCGAGAAAGUGA